AUUUACUCCGAGUUCGAGUCUCACUUUUUGCGAAAAAUAAUCUUUUUGGCGCUUCAUCUUCUCCGUCAUGGAUCAAGAUCCUCCUCGAGCUCCUCGGAAGAUGAAGUUCACCCCCAAUCCUCCACCCAAAAGGAAGCCCAAAACCACUGCUUCCCACAGGAGAGAUGCUGAAGGACAACAACAAAAUCCCGAAGAGGAUAAAUCCCUCUUGCGUCGUUGGAAUGAAAAUAUUGCAAGACGCACACCUAAAACUGAAACAAAAUCAAGUCAUCAAGUUGCAUUUGGUCCUGGAGAUAGUUCUUCAGCUAUGCUUCGGAGAUAUGGUAAAACAAGUCAAGUUGCAUUUGGUCCAGGAGAUGGUUCAUCGCCUAUGCUUCAGACAUAUGGUAAAAGAGGCGGCUCGUCUUCCGAAGAUUUAAAUGCUUUAACACUUCCUUCAAGUGCUGAAGAUGAUAAAAGUGAUACUUUUAUGUAUGAUGUUGAGGAAACCAUGAACAAAUCAGAAAGGAAAAGUAAAAGAGAGCACAAGGAACCAUGGGAUUAUCAACACUCUUACUAUCCUACUAGUCUUCCCCUGCGAAUGCCCUAUUCUGGAGAUCCAGAAAUUCUUGACGAGGAAGAAUUUGGGGAAGCUGCAGCAAGUGUGGAGUAUGACGAAAAUAAAAUCAAUGCUGCUGAGGAACUUGGCCUCAACGAGAAGAGUGACCAACAAAAGAUGAUUUUGUUCAAGUUUCCUCCUGUUCUACCUUUCGAAAAGCCGACGGGGAGUAGGAAGGGGAAGGAGAAAGUUGGUACAUCAACUGCUUCCAAAGAGCCUGGAAAGAAAGAGGGUACUCCCUUGGAAGGAUUGCCGACGGGACAUGUGGGAAAAAUUAUGAUAUACAAUAGUGGAGCAGUCAAGUUGAAAAUAGGAGAAAACCUAUUUGAUGUAUCUCCAGGCUCAAAUUCUCAAAUUUUGCAAUAUGCUGCAGUGAUGAACACUAAAAAGAAAGAGUGCUGUGUUCUUGGUCAGCUUGGUAAAAAUGCUGUGGUCACCCCUGAUCUUGAUUCACUUCAACUCUAAGAAGACAAAAUGUAAAUAUACCAUGAUCCACCGUCAAGUUAGAACAAUCAUUGACAUGGUAGUGGAAGUACCCAGUUACUUGUUAAAAGAGAUAUUGGGAGUAAAUAUACGUGUGAUUAACACCACUGAUUGAGACUUGAGAGUAGCAAGUUAGAUAAUGAACAUUGAUUUAGGCACUGUGAUAUGACAUGAAGAGUGUAAUUACUAUUGCUUGGUUGAAAAUAUUAUUCCAUGUAGGAAGUGCAUAAUUGAAAGAUGUUGAUAAUAUUCUCAAAU